AUGGUUACUCCAAGAACUACACAUCCAUCAACCGCUUCGACUGCAACUGCAUCAUCGUCUACCACUACUUCUGCAUCUGUGUCAUCAACUGCCCCCAACCCAUCUACACCAAGUACUCCACAUAAUCAUCAUCAUAUGGUCACAUCCUCAGCACCUACAUUGUCAACAUUGUCACAAACAUCACCAAGGUUGCCAACUACAAGCACUAUAGGCUCAGCCAUGUCUGCUUUAUCGCCUCCAAUAUUGGGGACACUUUCACCUUCUCUGGUGUCUCCAAGAAAUAGUAUUACAGCAACCAAUGCCGCGGCGCGCCACAAUCGCUCUUUAAGUGUUAGUAGCAGUAAUUACACGACCAAUUCAAUGCCUUCACCAAAUCGAGCAUCAUUUUCUGAAUUUUCAAAUGAACAGAUUAUUGAUUUGAUGGAACGAGAACAAGAUGCAAUUGUAUUGAAAUUGAUGAGAGAAAUUGAAUUUUUGAAACUGGAGAAUAAAAUAUUAAAGAUGAAUAAUCCUGGUAUUCAAUUACCUAAUCAUAACGCUACGCCAUCGAUUCGUCGUUCAAGUUCGUUGUCUACUAGUGGAAGUCGAAGUUCUUCAACUUCAAGUACAUCUAAGAGAAGUGUCAAUCCUAUGUUUGGUAACUAUUCAUUCACUUCAGGUACUGCCCAACAAAAUAGCAAUUCUAACAAUAUACUGCAAAUACAAGAAGAUAUAAUUAAAAAGUAUAAGGGAGAGGUCCAUCCAAUACAAAGAAGAGCAAGUCUAAAUGGAAGAUAUGAAGAAAUUUUAGAUGAAAAUAGAAAUCUAAAACGACAAUUGAAGAAAUUACAAUCAGAAAUUGAGCAAUUGAAAAUUGAAAAACAACAAAAACUACUGGAUGAUGAUGACGAUGUAGAAGAAGAUAUUAAUUAG